UUAAUCGAUUGGCUCAAUAUAUAAGAUAAAAUGGGAGAACGAAAAGGACAAAACUUAUAUUAUCCCCCUGAUUAUAAUCCAAAAUUUGGGGGAAUAAAUAAAUUUCAAGGAACACACGCAUUGCGAGAAAGAGCUAGAAAACUUCAUAUGGGCAUUUUAAUUAUUCGUUUUGAAAUGCCCUUUAAUAUUUGGUGUAAUGGAUGCCAAAAUCAUAUAGGAAUGGGAGUGCGGUAUAAUGCAGAAAAGAAGAAGAUAGGAAUGUAUUAUAGUACCCCCUUGUAUCAAUUUAGAAUGAAAUGUCAUUUAUGUGAUAAUCAUUUUGAAAUUAAGACAGAUCCAGCAAAUUUAAAUUAUGAAAUUGUCAGUGGAGCACGACGUCAGGAGAAUCGUUGGGAUCCAACGGAAAAUGAACAAAUAGUUCCAGAAACAAAGGAAGUUUCCCAUAGAUUAUACGACGAUGCUAUGUAUAAAUUGGAACACAACAUAGAAGAUAAAAAAGUUGCUAAAACAAGAUCAAAUGCUUUAGAAAAUGCAAUUGCUCUAAACGAAACAUUUUGGAAAGAUGAUUAUACUUCAAAUUGUGCUCUUAGAGCAUCAUUUAGGGCAAAAAAAAAAGAAAUACAAAAGAAAUCAAGCGCGGACCAAAUGUUACUAAAGAAACUGGGUAUUAAUAUUAAUUUAGUCAGUGAGCAUGAAGAUGACAUAAGAUUGGCAAAAUUACUAUCACAACAUAAAACAAAAUGUAAGAAAAAUAAAUUACUACCCAUUAAGCAAAUGAUUUCUGUUGCUCAAUCAAGGGAGAGAUCAAAACAAAAAUCUAGAUUCGUAUCGAGUACAAAAAACGAUGAAAAACUCUCGCUACCUUCUGUUUCAAAUACAAACGAACCAAGUUCUAGUUGUAGUACAACAAGUAGUAACGAAAGCAGCAAGCACUUUCCCCUUUUAGUUCAUUAUGAUAACACAAGCUCGGAAAGCGAUACCUAA